AUGACUCACAAGGCUCUUCAACUCGAACAAGAAGAAGCCUUGCUGAACUUUAGGGGUUCCUUCUUUUUCUACGUCCUUCUUCCUCCCAUCAUCCUGGAAGCGGGCUUGUCGCUCAAAACCCAGCUCUUCGUCGACAACCUCGGCUCCAUCAUGGCCUUUGCCGUUGUUGGCACGCUCGUCAGCACUUGGGUGGUGAGCGCCAGCAUGCGCUGGGCUGCUGAGACAGAGCUCAUUGGGCUUCAGGACUCUCCACUGCUGCCGAUCUAUUGCCACCUUUUUGGCGCUUUGAUCUCCGCCACGGACCCGGUGGCCACGAUUGCGCUCUUCGGAAGCAGCAGGUUCCGGACAGAUCCGCUGCUCCACUCGCUCAUUAACGGCGAGUCCGUUUUGAACGAUGCCGUGGCCAUUGUUUUGUUCUCUACGUUGACACAUCACUUGCAUGAGGAGGAGCCGAGGCUGAUCAGCAUGGGGAUUCUUGGUCACUUCGGUGUCGUCUUGUUUGGCUCGGUGGUGAUGGGUGUGGCAGCUGGUGCCCUGCUGUCCUGGUGCUUUUGCUCUUCCAACGAUCUGACCAGGUUUCCGGACUACGAGAUUGCGGGCAUGUUCCUAGGCGCAUACCUGACCUUCUCGGUGACGCAACUCUUAGGCCUGUCUGGCAUCACUGCACUGUUCUGCUUCGGCGUGGUACUGGCCCACUACAAUUGGUACAACUUGUCAGAGCCCUCGAAGGUGUCCUCGAAGGUGAUCUUUGGCACUAUCGCCAAGCUCGCAGAGGCUGGUGUCUUUGUCUAUCUCGGGGUGGUUGCGGCCUUAUCGAUCGGGCGCUUCCACUGGCAUGGUGGCUGUAUCUUUUUCGCUUUGCUUGCGAUCAUCGUGGCUCGGGCUGCGCAUGUCUUUCCACUCUCCCUGAUGCUGAACCUGUGUAGAAGGACCCGGAAGAUCAGCAACAAUAUGAGUGUGGUCAUGUGGGUCAGUGGCCUUCGUGGCGCUAUUGCUUUCGCGUUGUCCUUACGGGUGCCUUGUGAAGGCCGGGAAUACCUUCGUGGUAGUGAAGCUUGUCGCAACAGCGAUUUGUUAGUCACCACCACCAUAUCUAUCGUGCUUGCGACCACCAUGGUGCUGUGCUUAUGA